UUCAGCAGUUGAUUACUUCCUCACCUUCUUCAAUGCUAUCAUUUGCGUCUCAUCUCUUCACCCCUUUCGGAACAUGUCAGCCGCAGGCCCCAUCUACCGAAUCUUGGAAUUGUCCUACUGGUUACCAUGAAAUGUAUCCGAGUGAUGCUUUCUAGCUUGGACAUAGUCCAAGAUGACAGAAGAUAUCAAGCAUUGUACAAACGACUUCGUCAGCACCGGCGCUGGCCAGUCAGUCCAAUUGGCAGCCAUCAGACGUGCCCGUGCGGCACCUCAAGGAUAUCAAGAGCUGCGACAAGAGGAAUCACAACGGCUGCACCGACUCAAGUCCGUUUGCCAAUUCGUACGUUUUGCAAUCGGUCGAUCUCUCUCAAGACAUCAUGGGCCAAGUUCAAACCCCCUGAAUGAUAUCUGUUUCCGGAACCCUAUGGACGGAAAGCUGAAGCGAACCAGCCAGAUUCUCGAUACGAUUCCAGGCAUUUCGCGCCUUGAACAGGUAGUCCUCCAACAAGGUCGAAGCGUGCAUUUGUAUUUGAAAAAUAUCAUCAACAAAUCAGGCAGUACGGUCGGCGUCGCAAGAAGCGCCUUACCAAAAAGUAUUACAUGGGACGCUGCUAGUUUAAGGACGAAGAUAGCUAUCCUGUGAGGGUGCAGGUCCGGUAAUUAUCUGAGGCGGAAGCCACGCCGACCGAAUAAGCAAGAGCACGCCAAAUGGACUUUGCAAAAGUGGUCUCAAUCCUGAUGAUACGCAACAAGGGAUCAGGGACCCACGUCCUACCCGGAAUGAGGGAGCUCAUCCAGGUCAAGUACGUCAUCGGACGUGACAGUGUGCACAGCUGGGCCCUGAGGCAGAUCGGUGGGAGAUGGAAGGAGGGCAGACG